UAGCUGAAGGAUAUGGCUGGGAUAUUGCAUCUGUCUUACCUGAUAUGCAAAAUGAUUGGAUAAAGGGGAAGGAUUUGUUAAUUGAAAAAGCAAAGACAUUAGUGGAAAUUCAGAAAAGUUUUUUCGAGCCAACCAGAGAAGCAAAAACAAUAAUCCAAAUUCCGGCAAGUGCUAUAUCUGUGAAAGAUAUGGACAUUAUGCGAGUGAAUACCCAUCAGACCCAAACAAAGACAAUUAUAAGUACUGAACCUAUCAUUCAUGAGAAUAUACUUUUUACAAGAGCAAAUAUGAUAGAAGCUACAACAAUGGAGACAAUGAGAACAGAAAGCAUGAUUGACUACACUCGGGCACAAUAUCACAUACCAGUAACUGGAUGCUUGCACAUGAAACAACACGUAAAUUACUGGAAGACGAAAAUACAAGUAUCAGAACUAAUAGUAAACUGGUUGGAAAAUGGCAUUUCCUUAUUUUCAAAAGGGCUAUUAGUACUGGCAAUAGCUUUUUGUUAA